CGGGGCCGGGGGCGGCAGGCGGGGCCGGGACGGGUGAGCGGCGCCGCUGAGGCGCAGCAUGUGAAGCGGAGACGGCCUCGAGCGCGGGGCGAGCCUCUCAGCCGGCCGGCAUGGCCACGACGGCCGAGCUCUUCGAGGAGCCUUUUGUGGCCGAUGAAUACAUUGAGCGGCUUGUAUGGAGAACCCCAGGAGGUGGUUCUAGAGGUGGACCUGAAGCUUUUGAUCCUAAAAGGUUAUUAGAAGAAUUUGUGAAUCAUAUUCAAGAACUACAGAUAAUGGAUGAAAGAAUUCAAAGGAAAGUGGAGAAAUUGGAGCAACAGUGUCAGAAGGAAGCUAAGGAAUUUGCUAAGAAGGUACAAGAGCUCCAGAAAAGCAAUCAGGUUGCCUUCCAACAUUUCCAAGAACUAGAUGAGCACAUUAGCUAUGUAGCUACAAAAGUGUGUCACCUUGGAGACCAGUUGGAAGGGGUAAACACACCUAGGCAACGUGCAGUGGAAGCUCAGAAAUUGAUGAAAUACUUUAAUGAGUUUCUAGAUGGAGAAUUGAAAUCUGACGUGUUUACAAAUUCUGAAAAGAUAAAGGAAGCAGCAGACGUCAUUCAAAAGCUGCAUCUGAUUGCCCAGGAGUUACCUUUCGAUAGGUUUUCAGAAGUAAAAUCCAAAAUUGCAAGUAAAUACCAUGACUUAGAAUUGCAGCUAAUUCAGGAGUUUACUAGUGCCCAAAGACGAGGUGAGAUUGCCAGGAUGAGGGAAGUAGCAGCAGUUUUACUUCAUUUUAAGGGUUACUCCCAUUGUAUUGAUGUUUAUAUAAAGCAGUGCCAGGAGGGUGCUUACUUGAGAAAUGAUAUAUUUGAAGAUGCAGCAAUACUCUGUCAGAGAGUAAAUAAACAAGUUGGAGAUAUCUUUAGUAAUCCAGAAGCAGUACUGGCUAAACUUAUUCAGAAUGUGUUUGAAAUCAAACUACAGAGUUUUGUGAAAGAUCAGUUAGAAGAAUGUAGAAAAUCGGAUGCUGAGCAAUAUCUUAAAACUCUCUAUGAUCUGUAUACAAGAACCACCAGUCUUUCCAGCAAACUGAUGGAGUUUAACUUAGGUACUGAUAAACAGACUUUUUUGUCUAAGCUUAUCAAAUCCAUUUUCAUUUCCUAUCUGGAGAACUAUAUUGAAGUGGAGAUUGGAUAUUUGAAAAGCAGAAGUGCUAUGAUCUUACAGCGCUAUUAUGAUUCAAAAAACCACCAAAAGAGAUCUAUUGGCACAGGAGGUAUUCAAGAUUUGAAAGAAAGGAUUAGACAACGUACCAACUUACCACUGGGGCCAAGUAUUGAUACACAUGGGGAAACUUUCCUGUCUCAAGAAGUGGUAGUUAAUCUUUUACAAGAAACUAAACAAGCCUUUGAAAGAUGUCAUAGGCUUUCUGAUCCUUCAGAUUUACCAAGGAAUGCCUUUAGAAUUUUUACCAUUCUUGUGGAAUUUUUAUGUAUUGAGCAUAUUGAUUAUGCUUUAGAAACAGGACUUGCUGGAAUUCCAUCAUCAGAUUCUAGAAAUGCAAAUCUCUAUUUUUUGGAUGUUGUACAACAGGCCAAUACUAUUUUUCAUCUUUUUGACAAACAGUUUAAUGAUCACCUUAUGCCACUAAUAAGCUCUUCUCCUAAGUUAUCUGAAUGCCUUCAGAAGAAAAAAGAGAUAAUUGAGCAGAUGGAGAUGAAGUUGGAUACUGGCAUCGAUAGGACAUUAAAUUGUAUGAUUGGACAGAUGAAGCAUAUCUUGGCUGCAGAACAAAAGAAAACAGAUUUUAAGCCAGAAGAUGAAAACAAUGUUUUGAUUCAGUAUACUAAUGCAUGUGUAAAAGUCUGUGUUUAUGUAAGAAAACAAGUUGAAAAGAUUAAAAAUUCCAUGGAUGGGAAGAAUGUGGACACAGUUCUGAUGGAACUUGGAGUACGUUUUCAUCGGCUUAUUUAUGAGCAUCUUCAACAAUAUUCCUAUAGUUGUAUGGGUGGCAUGCUAGCGAUUUGCGAUGUAGCUGAAUAUAGAAAAUGUGCCAAAGACUUCAAGAUUCCAAUGGUAUUACAUCUUUUUGACACUCUGCAUGCACUUUGCAAUCUCCUGGUCGUUGCUCCAGAUAAUUUAAAGCAAGUCUGCUCAGGAGAACAACUUGCCAAUCUGGACAAGAACAUACUGCACUCCUUCGUACAACUUCGUGCUGACUAUAGAUCUGCCCGCCUAGCCCGACACUUCAGCUGAGUUGAAUUUACAAAGGAACUGUAUUGUUUUUCAGAAGGCCUCAGAUGAUAGAAAGCACAGGAGAUUCCUUAUGAUGCAGCCAAUAUUUUAUGAGAAAAAAAUGACUGGAAGAAAACAGCAGCCAUACUUACCCAGGAAAUGUAUUUGAAAUUUGGACCACUAGAUCUAUUUUGCUUUCCAUCUUUUCCCUGUUACAUUGAAUUCCAUACUUUAAUUUAUAAAUUUCAAAUUCUACAAACCUACAUGUGACUGUUAUAAUCCUAAAAAGUGUUGGUGUCAGAAGGUAAAUGAAAUUUCACCGGUGUUCUGGUUCUUGGUCUUUAACAUAUUCUAUCUGGAAAUUUUACCUUCCUGUUUUACAUUAAAAAUAGGUAAAGUGCAGUAAAACUAUAUUUGUUAUUUAUUAGUUUUUCAGUGAAAUUUUCAGCACUGUUGAUUGUUAAUCAAGCUAUUAAGUUUUCCUAAAGAACUUCUUACAUCUCAAGAGGAUCACAGUUGAGCAUUGUUUUUGUAGGUGGUGAUGCUUUUCCUGAGGUGCAGCAACAGUGCUGGUCCAAGAAAAAUGUUCUGAGCUAAACUAACAUGAUGAAGCGUUUUAAGUAGACAUUAGGAAUGGAUCAGGAUAUAUCUGCUUUCUGGGUAAAACUUAAAGUUUACUAUUUUUUAUUUGAUAAAUAGAUUUUAGGCCAAUUAGCAAGAAAUUAAUGAAACUACCUUAUUUUAUAUUUAACUUAAGGUGGAAAACUUUUAAGGACCAUGUUUGUUAUUUUAAUACUCUAAGGGAGUAAAAUAGUGACAUAUAGUGUAAACGGUAUAUACGAGAAAUAGCAACCUGUUUAGCAACAGCAGUCAGUCCCUGAGACUAACGUUGGAUGAGAUGGAUGGCUAAACAUGCAGUAGUCUUCUAUUUUAAGAGGAAUUGAGAAUUUUAGAUAAUAAAUAGUAUAUAUUCUAAGUUUGAAGGCAGGCUUGCACCAAAAACCUGCCUUUCAGAUUUGUAUAUUCUUUCAUUGUCCAUUCUCAAGGCAUUUCUGAAGUUAUUCUUCCUUGGAUAUUAUUAAUUUAAUUGGCUUAAUAUGGCAACAUAAUAAGUCACUUACAAAAUUUUAAACAUCAAGUAAAAAUUUAGAAAAGCUGUUGCUCUAUAAACCCCAUUAACUUACUCUAUAAGAAUAUAUUCUAAGUUAUAUGUAGUUCAUUCUAAGAUCUCUAGUUCACAGCCUUCUAGGAACCAGGUAAACUGUAAUGUUCAGUUCAUUCAUAGCAUUUUUUUCUCUUGAUGUAGGGUGUUGGCCUAAUUGAUGGAACUAUUUUUCUUCUGAGAACCUGACUGAAUAAUUAUCACCAUUACCAAACUGUCUAGAUCCAGAGCUAACUGCUAUACAACUACUGUUGACUGAAUUUUCAUUUUCUGUUUAGCCCAGUGUUACGAUGGUAAGAAGGGCAAUGAGCAUGCCAACUUUUGUCACUUUUAUAGACAUUGUGGCAGUUUCAGAGGCUUUCCAGAUAGCUGUCCUCAGACAAGGGGGGCCAGAACAGUUCUCGAUACUAGAAAAGCUCUGUGCUUGUACUGUUGCCACUUUACAAAGUACUGAUGUGAAUUCAAAUUAUACCUCUGUUACUUAAAGCCAACAGUUUUAAGGCAGUAGUUUUACUGGCCAUUUGAACUCUUUGUACAGUGUCAAUUUGUUAAAAAAAAGAAAAAACAAAAAAUAUCAAAUAAAACAUGAGAUAACAUUUUAAGACUUCCAAAACUGAGAAGCACUUCAAAUAAUUUUGUUUGAUUAAUUUUUAAAAAUGUAAAGCAGUUAUUUGUUGCUUAGAUAUUUUGUUAUUAUUUCGAUGCUUGAGUUCUGUGCAAUAUUUUUUAUUAUGUCCAUUGACAGCACAAAGAAAAUUCAAAGUGAAUACCUUAUUUAGAAGUGUUAUCUUUCAUGCUCAAUAAACAAAUUCCCUGCA